CGUGCCUGUAUGUUUAUAUUUUUAUUCCGCGCCCCUUGAGCCGAGCGAUAUAAACUGCGAGUCGCAUAUGCCACGUAAGGACGGACGGAGAGACCUGCAGCGGCCGCUACUGCUUCUAUCUAUAUAAAUAAAACACCUGCUGUGCGUGUGUGUUGUUGUUUUCGUUGUUGUCGUUGUUGAUCGUAUUUUUGACGAUUGAAUAAGGAUCGACUAGUCAUUAUGCGCCUUUACGUGAAACUGGCGCUUGGUUUACUUCUCGUGCUGUGCUUUUUCGCCGUACCGUCGAGGAGCGCCAACAUCGUCAAAAGGAACUACAGCGAUCAGAGCAUUCGAGGCUACUUGGCCGAGAGAACCUGCUGGUGGAACGAGGUGUGCAAGGAGGAGUUUCACAGCAAGUUUCGCUGCCGUUGUCCGCGCUGGUCCUAUUGCCAGGCGCCCGGAAAGUACUACGACGCCCGAUGCAGCAUCAAUCAUACCGGCUAUAUCUGGCUGCAGCCCGAGCUGGCCGUGACAUUGGAUCAGCGGCAAAAGUAAAUAAUAAAGCGAAGAGAGACAAAAAUAAUUGACAAUUAAACAAUUAUAUGCAAGCACAACUAUUUAUUCUAAAGAUAGAGAGAAAAAAAAACACGCUGGAUCGUACGCAAUGUGAUAUAAUGAUGAAAUUAUAUUAUGUAUACACAAAAUAAAGAAAAAUUAUCGUGAUUGUUGUUCGUUGAAAAAAGUUUAGAAAUGUUAUGCAGAUUAUAUACAGAAAAUGUUUAAUAUUAUAAUAUUAAUGUUACCAGUUGCAGAGAUCUUCAUGGUAUAUCUCGCUAGAAACAUGUUACAAACAUAUUAUGUAAAUUCAAAAAAAUAAACGAUGCAUUCGAAUAAA